AACUCAUUUUUUUCUCUUUGGAGACAGUAGAAAUAUAACAGUAGUACUAUGGUUACUAUUAACUAGUAGUAUUUUCCUACCUAGUGGACUUGUCUCUGACACAUAAAUCAAUAAACCAAUUCAAUUCUACCAUGAUUCCUUUGUUUGCUAACUCUAUAGAGUGAAGAUAUGAAAUGUGGAUUCCAAUUCCAACCCACAUGGCACCUGCAUUACUUGCUUAGUAAUAAUAAUAUUAAUAAUAAAAAAGCUCAUCAAUUUCCAAGUUAUAAGCAAAACUUUGAGAAUGAAAUUUGUGGAAGACAAGGGAUGCUAUAGUAACAAUGGAUCAGCAGCACAAGAUACUCACAAAGGAAAAGAUACUACUACUGGUACUGCUGCUGCUGCUGCUACUACUACUACUCGUGUUUCGAAUCAUCAUCGAAUAAAUAUGGGAAAACCAACACCGUCUAAGUGGGAUGACGCGCAAAAAUGGCUUGUUGGUUUAUCAAAAGGUGGAGAGAAAGGUCAAUCAAAAAGUAAACCAAGAAACUCAAAUGCAGAUGAUUUAAGAUUGAUAGCUCCUGUGCCACAAAAAGAGGAAGAACACGACGAUGAUGGAUGCCACGACUUCAUGACAACAACUAGUAGUGAAUAUGAAGCAGAAGACUCUAAGAAGGUAGAAUGUGAUGAUGAAUCAAUUUGGAGAAUGAAUAAUAAUAGUAAGGUUUUAGCAGAAAACAAAAACACAAUCCAUGUUCAAUCAAUAUGUUUUAGAGACAUGGGAACUGAAAUGACACCUAUUGCAAGUCAAGAGCCUUCAAGAACUGCUACACCUAUUAGAGCAACAACUCCUACUACUAGAAGUCCAAUUCAUUCAGGAACUUCAACUCCAAUGAGGAAUCAAAAUGGUUUGUUGCAAAUGGAAGCUGCAUCGGGUAAUAAUGGCAGCACAACUAGACAAUGUGGAGAAGAAUCAAGCCCUUGUAAGAUGGUUGAGAAGAACAAGAUUGAAGAUCAAGCUAGAAAGUUGAGUCCUCUAGAAUCUAGAGCAAUGGCUUGGGAUGAAGCAGAACGUGCCAAAUAUAUGGCCAGGUUUAAGCGUGAAGAAAUGAAGAUUCAAGCCUGGGAAAAUCAUCAGAUAAGAAAAGCUGAAAUGGAAAUGAAGAAAAUGGAGGUGAAAGCUGAAAGAAUGAAAGCUAUGGCACAAGAAAAGUUAACAAAUAAACUGGCUGCUACAAGAAGAAUAGCUGAAGAGAAGAGGGCUAAUGCACAAGUGAAGCUGAAUGAUAAUGCUUUGAGGACUACUGAAAGGGUAGACUAUAUAAGAAGGACAGGGCAUGUGCCUUCUUCAUUCUCUUUCACUUUUAAGUUGCCUUCCAUUUGCUGGUAGAAAGUACCAAUCCAUAUAUGUGUAAUUUAUAUGUUGUAUGAAAUAUAAAACCUUUUAUGCUACUUCUAAAUGGUUUUGCAAAUUAUAUGAUGCUUAUAUUUGGUUUCUUGGUA